AUGUCUGGUGCUCCUUCCCCCACCAGCGCAAGGCCUGGAGAGGAUCCCGAGUGUGGCAGCUUCCUGGAGGAAAGCAGUGGCGGGGGUGAUGGCGGCAGCGUCCUGGGAGGGGACAGCCCGGUCACGGGGCCGCUGGGUGCAGUGCUGCUGGUUAUGUGCCUCGCUGGGAUGGUGGGCAACAUCUACGCGGUGGUGGUGGCCUCCGGCAGGGUGGUGGGUCGCUCAGCAGGCUCCUUAGGGGUCUAUGUGAUCAACCUCGCCCUGGCUGACCUCCUCUACCUCUCCACCAUCCCCUUCGUGGUCUGCACCUACUUUGCCCACGACUGGCUCUUCGGGGACGUGGGCUGCAGGCUGUUGCUCAGCCUCGACCUCCUC